AUGCUCUCUCAUCAGGAACGCUCUUCUCACAACACCACCACCACCUCUCCUACCACCGCCGAAUCAUCUGCUGUAGCCACCACAGCCACUUCUCCCACCUCUCGCCAGCGGCAGGAUCAGGUCCAACAGCCUCGUUCCGACGACAAACAAUCACGACGACAACCCGCCGCCGCUGAACCCUCUGUCGCCGCCGCCGUCGCCUCAUCCUCCGCGACACCUUCUUCAUCAAAGUCUCCAGCCCCCCGAUCCGCGACAGCAAUGCCUCAAUACACCUCCCGCGAUGUCGGCGACCCGUCGCAGAUCAAGAAGAACAAGCAGUCGAUGGCCGACCUCAAGCUGAGACGAUUGACGGAACUCAACAACCGCCUGCGCGAGGAUCUCGAAAGGGAACGGAUUCCGGUCAGCAAUGCUUCUAAGAGCAUCAUUGCCUACUGCAACAGCACGAGGGACUACAUGGUUCCAUCGGUUUGGGGCGCUGUCCCCCGCGGCGAAGACCCCUACGCACCACAACAAAGCGGCGGAUGCUGCUUGGUGAUGUAA